AUGGCUACAUAUCAUUCUCAAGUCUUUGUACUUCGCUAUGGAACGCAUUAUACCAGUCGUUUUCUUAUUGGUGGACAUAUUGUUGAAGAAAGUUUCUUAAAAAGUACAGAACUUUAUUCCGAUGAAACAGUUCGAAAAAGUCGACAGUCAGGAGCACGAGCAUCAUUUAUGGGAAAAUUUAGUUUAUCAGCAAAUUAUGGUACUCAAGUCAGUACAACGAGUAUUGAUAUUAAUAAAUAUGAAGAACGUGUUACGUAUAGACAUAUUACUUCCGAAGGUGGAAAGCCAUUUCUUCUUGGUAUGUCUUUACAAGAUUGGCAAAUGACUAUUGAAACAAAUCCAAUCAUACUUCAACGUACAAUUGAAAAUAUAACAAUGGCUAUUGAUCCCAAACAAAUACCUGAAAUUGAAGAAGAUUAUGUAUAUAAAGCAAUUGAAAAAAUUAAUAAUGCAAUCGAAACAUAUAUAAAAAUGAAUUUGAUUUAUGGUUGUAUGGAACGAACAUCACUUUCAUUUAAUUGGUUAGCGAAUAUUGAUGAUGGAUCAUGUGCUGAAACGGUUGCAAAUACACAUUCUCCUUCUCCACCAGAUGAUCUAUGUAAUUCAUUUAAAUUAUCAAAUUUUCAUACAAAUACUCAACAAUGUCCACUUGGCUUUACACAAAAUUUAUUACAUACAUUAACACGAACACAACGAAUUGAGCAUCAAUAUUCAUAUAAAUGUGGCUUAUUCGGAAUAAAAAGAUGUCAUCGUACGAUCUAUUUAGGUACAGGAAUAGUCACUUCAUAUUUGUACAGUUGUACAAAAAUUAGCAAUGCUUUAUUAACACAAUAUACAUUCGGAGGUUCAUUUACGACGAAUAAAAUAAAUUUAAUAACAAAUACAAAAUCAUGUCCUUCAGAAUAUACACCAGUACGAAUUAUUAAUGAUAUUGAUGUUUGUCAUGCUGAACAUAUUUCCAAUGUACAUAACUUACCGAAAUUUGCUGGAAUGUUUUCAUGUCAAACAACAAUAAAAUUGAAUGGAAGUUAUGAUUUAUGUCCAAAAGGCUCGAGUGCUUAUGUAAUUGGUAUAAUUGAAAAUGAUUGUAUUCUACAUGUUUGCUUAAGAUUAAAAACGAAAAAUAUCGGAGUACUACCAUCAAUAUCAUUACCACCUUAUUAUAUUAAUCAUUCAUUCGAUUUUUCUCUAAUAAAUAAUCAUGCAUCAGUUAUUUAA